AUGGCACCCAUCGCCCGCAUGCCCGUCCAACCCCCAGCAGACCUCUUCAUCUCCCGAACUCCUCCCCCACAAUCCACGCCGGCGGCGACACCCGAACCCGGCGACUCCACCCAACGGUCCCACCCGGCCCCACCCAGAUCUGGCCCCACAGAACCGGAGUCGCAGGCGGGGCCGGGACGGGAGUCCUCGGAGGGACAACGGAUAAAAGCGGAGCCUUGCGGAAACUACAACCACCACUCCAACUUCGACUCCAACUACGGGUACAACAACAACGAAAAGCCCCCGCAACUACUGCAACCCAGACCAACAACGCUCCACCAUAUCGAGUUUGUGCGCGCAAAGGGGCACGGGCCGAGGCCGGAGCAGACGGACGCGCUGGCGCGUGGGGCGCGCGAGUUCUAUAACCAGGGUUUGGAGCACCAGCGGCAGAGGCGGCUGAGGCGGAGGCUGGUGCUGCUUUUCUGUUUCCAUGGGCUGGCCGUUGGUGCUGCCGUGGGCUGCCGGAAUGGGCGCAAUUAG